AUGGCCGUACGUGGAACACAUCAUCUAACAGGUUAUCAAAGACAUCAAAGUACUGAGCGGUGCGCAAAGACCAACAAUGCUGCCAUAUCAUUCAAAGCCAGCGCUGAGCGGCUUUAUCUCUCGAAACCGCAUUUCCACAAAUUCUUCGCAAAAAAGGUGAGACGCGCCUCACCCGCGGUUCAUCGGGGGUAUUGGCUUCGAAUGCGCGCAAUCAAAUGGGUGAUCCAGCAGUUCCUCGAGAGGCCGUCGGGUCAGAAGAAAGUCAUCCUCAAUCUCGGUGCCGGAUAUGAUCCUUUGCCGUUCGGUUGGCUGUUGCAGAAGAACAAGAUUUGUUCCGAUGUCAAAUUCGUCGAUGUCGACUAUGACUUGGUGAUGGAGACGAAGAGAGACAUCGUCACGAGCACACCAGAGAUGAGGGACUUGUUGCAUUUCACCCGGUCAAUCACCCGGUCAACUUGCGUCGGCAGCGACCCUUCGGUGUUGAUUGACAGCGAAGAAUAUGCCGCAAUCGGGUGCGAUUUGCGCAACCUUCAGAGGUUGGAAAGACUGCUCAGGUCCGUGGUCAGUGUGGAGGGAAGCUCAGUCCUUUGCAUAGCCGAGGAUUCUACCUCGUUCAUGCCUGUGGGCGCUGCCGAUACUCUCAUCUCUUGGUGUUCAAGGCUCUCGAAAGACGUCACAUUUUGUCUCCUGGAGCCUUGUAGCCCCGAUCAACCAGACAACCCUUUUACAAGGAAAAUGACCGAUCACUAUGCCGCCCUCGGCACGCCCUUGAAAUCCAUCUUCGAAUAUCCAGAUGAUCGCUCUCAAAUUCAGCGCUUUAGCAAUGCAGGCUUCACCCAGAUUGAUUACCAGUCACUAUGGGAGCUUUGGGCCGAUGCUCGCUUUCUGUCUCCUUCCCAGCGUAUGGAGCUGGAUCACGUUGAGCCUUUCGACGACUGGGAAGAAUUUGCCCUCUGGGCAAGUCACUAUUGCCUGGUUGUCGCACAGAAUGGCAUUCAUCCUGUCCUUCCAGGGAAAAUGAUCAAGUCUCGUGCCGACUCGGUUUCCAGCGAAGCUUCCGAUAUCUCGGCGAGGACUUCGUCACCAUGCAAUCCCGACUCUGAACAUUUCGCUUUUCGAUACUACAACGAUCCGGGCGAUCUCUGUCAACGUCACCACGGAUCAGCCUAUCCCAUACCCGACCAGGACGCUGUUGCCAUCUUUGGCGGUGCUGGAUCAAAGUCGUGCCUUUCUACAAGUGCUGUCUGUCGACCACGCCAUCUGAACGACGAGACACCCAUAGUUUUGCCGCCUGAAGUCGGUGCACGAUGUUGUCAUGUCAUCACCGCUCUGAACAAUGGAGACAACAUUCUGGUCGGUGGCCGCCUCUCGCCAACUCAACCUCUGAAGGACUGUUGGCUCCAAAAAGGAAAUACAUGGUAUCGUAUCCAUGAUCUACCAGAAGGACGAUAUCGACACCGAAUAGCGCCUGUCACCUUGCCCGACAAUGUGUUCGGUGCCAUCUGCUUUGGUGGCAAGGUAAGCCCUUCCAAAGUUGCUAUCGACGUGCUGUUGUGGGAGCCCAACAAAGGCUGGCGCGCGCUCCGGAUUUUCGGCAAAGACCCGAAACCUAGGUUCGGACCGAAUUUUGUGUGUCUGGGUUUCAACCACGGCUUGUUGUUUGGCGGGAUGAGGCAGGACGGCGUUAUCUGCCAGGGGUUCUGGCGCUGGCGACUUGUGAUACGCGACAAUGCCGUACAGGCACUGAGGUUCCGCCCGUCCCACGGAUUGGAUACCAGCAUUGGAUCAUACCAAUACUUUGCCCGAUUCGGUGCUUCUUACGGCUUUGUGCAAGACUAUCUUUUAAUCAUUGGCGGCAUAGCCAGGUUGGGAUGCAUACCCAGAACGUACGAGAUCCUGUCUCUCACGGGGACAUUCUCGACCUGGCAUGACGAGAGCAAGGAGCCGAGCUUCCGGGUGGUGGCCGUGGAGGCUAUGUGCUCGCAAGAUUGUCCGCGGCCGUUCCUGAUCGGCCAUUCUACACUUCGAACACGAACAGGGAUGUACGUUAUCCUCGGUGGUGGCGCCGACUGCUUCAACCACGGCGAGUACUUCAACAAAGGCAUAUGGGUUCUCUAUGAGAAAGAAGCCGGACUUGCGGCUGAUUGGGUCAUUGUGCCUAGUAAGGCUUCGAAGUAUCCUCCAGCAAACUCCGACUCGAGCUACACCGCAGUUGAGAGGUGUCCUGAGGGCGUUUUAAUUGCCCCAGCCCUGGUAACCGAUCCUGAGGGUUUUCAUGCCGCAGUGCGUCUGUCGCGGCCUCUGCUCAUGAGCGGGCUUGAUGCGGGCCUCUGUCGGUCGCGUCCAGGCGACUUUCUUAAGAACCCACUCCUCCAAAACACUAUGCGCGAAGAAACGAGCACUUUACUCAGUCCUUCGAAUUUUGAGAACAUGUCACUAGUCCAACUCUUGGACGAGCUCGGCGUGUCAUCGACAGCGUUCGACCUUCGCAGUUCUGAAUUCAAAAACAGCAAUCCGAUGUCCCUCCACAAGUACCAACUGGAUAUUGGUGAUCAGUUCCGGAUGCCCGUACAUCUCAGCGGCGUCAGUCCACUUAUACACUCGCUGCAGUUGAUUAUAUCGAAGAAUAUCUCCACCAAGCUCCAGUACAGUGCAAUGGCACAUAUUCUGUUCCAAACCUACGGCACCCGAAAACUGCUCCUGUUUCCACCAAGCGACCAAAGCAAGCUCGACUUCCCACCCGGAGCGACCACGAGCGAUCUUGAUAUAUUCUGUGACAAGACGCCGUUACAGGACCACAUCUUCUAUGCCCCACCAGGGACAAGCCCCCACAUAGCCAUACAAAAGCCCGGAGAUGCCUUGUUCGUUCCACCUUUCUGGUCUGUGGCCAGUGUGAUGCUCCUCAAUGGCAGCAAUGGAAAAGACCGUCCGUGUAAUGGUCUCUUCUUGUCGAGCACCCCGAGGCAGGAGCUCUCUAGCCUCAGCAACAAUGGCUCAAUCUCUGGCCGGGAAUCUGUGUCCGAUUCAAAUGAAGCGCCACAUAUCCAGGAUCCUUGGGUCGACGGAACUGUCAAGCUCGCGUUUCGUAACUUGCCGCUUGAUAUGUUUACUGGCAAUCGCCAUCAUGACGCAUCGCCCGAUCUCGCAGCCUACGAUGAGAGCCGACAAGACCUUGAAAAUGUUGUGAAAAGAUUCACUUCGAACCUUUGUCAUUCUGCGCCAGUGCUGAAUGGACAAAGUACUCCUACCAAGUCUGUUGCCAGUUCCGACCUCGUACUUGCAAACAUUCCAAAGGAUGUAGCCAAAGCAUACCUGCAAAGAUUGGGCAGAGAGCUACUGAUGAAAGCCGAGGAGUUGUGA